GCGGCGGCGGCGGCCGGGAGCGGGGGCAGCCGGGGGCCCAGCCAUGGCCGAGACCACGGUGGAGCGGCUGCAGCAGCGGGUGGCGGAGCUGGAGCGGGCCCUGGCCCAGGAGAGAAGCCGGACGGCCGGCGGGGCCGGGGGCGGCCGCAGCCGCAUCGACAAGAUGAGCCCCGAGGUGGUGGACUCGAACCCCUACAGCCGUCUGAUGGCAUUGAAACGAAUGGGAAUUGUCAGCGAUUAUGAGAAAAUCCGCACCUUUGCUGUGGCAGUAGUAGGUGUUGGUGGAGUUGGCAGCGUGACUGCUGAAAUGCUGACAAGAUGUGGCAUUGGUAAGUUGCUACUCUUUGACUAUGACAAGGUGGAACUGGCCAACAUGAAUAGACUGUUUUUCCAACCUCACCAAGCGGGGCUAAGUAAAGUCGAAGCAGCAGAACAUACCUUGAGGAACAUUAAUCCUGAUGUUCUUUUUGAAGUGCACAAUUACAAUAUCACCACAGUAGAAAACUUUCAACAUUUCAUGGACAGAAUAAGUAAUGGUGGGAUAGAAGAGGGAAAACCUGUUGACCUUGUUCUUAGCUGUGUGGAUAAUUUUGAAGCCCGAAUGGCGAUAAAUACGGCUUGUAAUGAACUUGGACAAACGUGGAUGGAGUCGGGGGUCAGUGAGAAUGCAGUGUCCGGACACAUUCAGCUCAUCAUUCCUGGGGAAUCUGCUUGUUUUGCGUGUGCCCCACCGCUUGUGGUUGCGGCAAAUAUCGACGAGAAGACGCUGAAACGGGAAGGCGUGUGUGCUGCCAGCCUCCCUACCACCAUGGGAGUGGUCGCCGGCAUCUUGGUCCAGAACGUGUUAAAGUUUCUGUUAAGCUUCGGUACUGUCAGUUUUUAUCUUGGAUACAAUGCAAUGCAGGAUUUUUUCCCAACCAUGUCCAUGAAGCCAAAUCCUCAGUGUGAUGACAGGAAUUGCAGGAAGCAGCAGGAGGAAUAUAAGAAAAAGGAGGCGUCACUGCCCAGACAGGAGACUGUUCCCGAGGCGGAGGAGAUAAUCCAUGAAGACAACGAGUGGGGUAUUGAGUUGGUAUCUGAGGUUUCAGAAGAGGAACUGAAGAAUUCUUCAGGCCCAGUUCCCGAUUUACCUGAAGGAAUCACAGUGGCAUACACAAUUCCCAAAAAGGAGGAGUCUGGACCUGAGGUAGCAGUGGAAGACUCCGGUGAAAGCCUGGAAGACCUCAUGGCCAAGAUGAAGAAUAUGUAGACCACGGACUGAGCUAUGUUUGAUUUCCUAUGUCUGUUCCAUUAAGAAUUUAUUUUUUUCUCUUGCAACUGAAAAGAAUUAUUUAAACAAUGACAAAAACCUAGGAUGAUGUCAGCUGCUAUAUAAUGAUCACGGAGUCCUACUCUGGGAAAAUACUGUCACCCUGUGUUGGCCACUCCAGGGCCUUUAACUGAAACUUAUGUUUCAUUCUGGUAAGAAAAUGUCAAAGGGUUGCUGUAGGCUAUUAUAAAUCUGAUGGAAGAUUUACUCAAAUGCCUUUGGGGAGGAGGGAGAGGGGCCAGUUGACUGCAGCUUUAUUUUCUUUCUGACUUUGUGAGCUCGGCCUAGGCCCUGGACCGUAAAGUGGCAUGUGGUCUCAGAGAUGGGCAGAGGGACCAAGUCUCCUCUCGGUCAGCGAGAGAAGCAUCUGCUCACCUGUGCUCGGAUUUGCACUCAGCAGGAAAACUGCUUCUCACUAUUAACCCCAGGAAAUGCUGAAUUUGAAAUCGUUAACCCGCCAAAUAAAAACAACCUCUCAACUGUUUCCUCAGACACUCUGUGCUGAGGUAAUAGUCACUGGAACAGUUUGUAAACAAGUGAAUUGUGUUUUCAGAUACCUUACUUAAACUUGAUCUGUAACUGGGUGCUGUCCUGGAUAAUAGGCAUGAGGGAGGCCAAAGGCUGCUCUGCAGUGACCUCUUGUGGUUUUUCUCUGGAUUUGCUUAUCAGUAUCAUGAAGACCUAGAAAGCCUCAAUAGAAAUAAAUGCCCAGUGAUUUG